AUGAACGUACGAUUUCCAAAACGAAUAGCCGUGUACUACCAUACCAGAAGAUACUUACACUGCACGUUGAACAAAAUGGAAGGAAGAAAUAUAAAAGAAAAUUUGAAGAGCAUGAAGGAUGCGUAUGACCCGAAGGAGGUGGAGUCUAAGUGGUACUCCUUCUGGGAGCAGAAUGAUUAUUUCAAACCGAAAAAGGAGUUGUUAGCAAAGAAGGGGCAGAGUGACAAAUUCGUUAUUGUGUUGCCCCCACCCAACGUCACAGGGACGUUACACAUUGGCCACACUUUAACCAUAGCCAUUCAAGAUGCACUAGUUCGAUACAAGAGAAUGAAAAAUUUAGUAACCCUGUACAUUCCAGGGACAGACCACGCAGGGAUAGCAACGCAAACCGUUGUGGAAAAAAUGCUAUUUAAGAAAGAGCAAAAGAUACGACAAGAUUAUGGAAGAGAAGAAUUUGUAAAAAAAAUUCACGAAUGGAAGGAUCUCCAUGGAAAUAAAAUUAAUAAUCAAAUUAGGAGAAUAGGCGCGUCUGUAGAUUGGUCAAGGGAAUACUUCACCAUGAACGAUAAAUUGUCAGUAGCUGUGAAGGAAGCUUUUAUCAAAUUUUAUGAUAGCGGAUUAAUUUACAGAGACAACAGAUUGGUUGCCUGGUGUCCCCAUUUAAAAACUGCUCUCUCAGAUAUAGAAGUAAAUCUUGAAGAGAUCAAGAAGCCAACAAAAAUAAAAAUCCCCUCAUUUAAUCAUUUGGUGGAAGUUGGUGUGUUAUAUAAGUUUUUUUACCAAAUCAAGGGCAGUGAGGAAAAAAUUGAAGUGGCAACAACAAGGAUUGAAACCAUGUUGGGAGAUGUUGCUGUGGCUGUGCACCCAAAUGAUAAAAGGUACGCCCACUUAGUGGGAAAAGAAAUUCUACACCCAUUCAUUCCGGACAGAAAAGUAAUCAUCAUUGCUGAUUCCUAUGUCGAUAUGGAGUACGGUACGGGAGCUGUGAAGAUAACACCAGCUCAUGAUAAAAACGAUUUUGAAAUGAUGAAGAGGCAUAAUUUGAAGGCCAUAAAUAUUUUUACCCGUGAUGGACAUAUUAACAGAAAUGGAGGGAAAUUAUUUGAAGGCCUCCACCGAUUUGAAUGUCGGUUUAAAAUUCAGGAAGAAUUAAAAAAAUUAAAUUUGUUAUCCGAUAAAAUUCCUAACGCCAUGUCUCUUCCCUUAUGUUCCAGAACGAAUGAUAUCAUUGAGUAUAUGCUCAUACCACAAUGGUACGUAAACUGUAGUGAUCUAGCCAAACAAGCUAUUAACUGUGUGAAGGAGAAACAACUUACAAUUAUUCCCAUGCACCAUGUGAACACUUGGUUUUACUGGCUAGAAAAUGUGCGUGAUUGGUGCAUAUCUAGGCAAUUAUGGUGGGGCCACCGAAUUCCAGCCUACAGAAUUGUCAAAAAGGGGGAUCCAAAGGGAGAACCACAGGGGAACGGUGAUAAUCCCAAUCAGUCUGAAGAGGUAGAUUCCAUGUCACAGGAAGGCGAAGAAAAGUGGGUUGUUGGCAGAUCCCAUGAAGAGUGCAUGGAAAAGGCCAAAAAUAUGGUACCCGAAAAUGAAGAGUUUGAGUUGGUACAGGAUGAAGACGUACUAGACACGUGGUUUUCCUCCGCCCUUGUUCCAUUUAGUUCUUUAGGGUGGCCAGAAAAAACAGAAGAUCUUGAACAAUUUUUCCCAAACAGUAUUUUAGAGACGGGCCAAGAUAUUCUCUUCUUCUGGGUAGCUAGAAUGGUAAUGGUUUCGCUACACCUAAUGAACACUCUCCCCUUUAACACCAUCUACCUACAUGCCAUGAUUAGGGACUCGAAAGGAGAGAAGAUGAGCAAAAGCAAAGGCAACGUCGUCGACCCUUUGGAUAUCAUCGAUGGAAUUAGCCUACAGGGAUUAAAUCAAAAAUUGUAUGAAGGAAAUUUACCCGAAAAAGAAAUAAAAAGAGCUUUAGAAUUGCAGAAAAAGGAGUUCCCUAAAGGAAUCCCAGAAUGUGGAACCGAUGCUCUAAGAUUUGGUCUCCUAACAUAUCUAAAGCAGGGUAGAAAUGUUAACCUAGACAUUAAUAGAAUAAUUGGAUAUAGACAUUUUUGCAAUAAACUGUGGAAUGCUGUUAAGUUCUUUUUGAAAACCUUACCAGAUAAUUACGAUAAUUGUAACAUCCUUCUUUCACAACCAGAUUAUGUGCAAUCUUUGCAGUGGGAAGAUAAAUGGAUUCUCCAUCGAUUAAAUGUAUAUAUAAAAAGUGCCAAUGAAAGUUUUGAUACAUAUAACUUCUCCGAAGCAGCCUUUUCUGCGUACAACUUUUGGCUCUACGAUUUGUGCGAUGUAUACUUGGAGCUUAUCAAGGCCCGUCUCAAUAUAGAUCCCCCCCAACCAAUGAAGAAGGAAGAAGCACUUAGUGAGGGGAAAAGGGAAGACACAACUGCGGGUGAUAAUAACGUUCAUGACAAUAAUGCCAUCAUGGAAGGGAAUAAUCUAGUCGCUUCUACAGCACUCCAUGCUAGCAAAACGCUACAUGCAUGUUUGGAUUAUGGACUGAGACUUAUGCAUCCCAUUUCGCCCUUCAUAACGGAAGAGCUGUACCAUAAAAUCGCGGCAAAUGAAUACAAAUUUGGAUCCAUCUCCGUAGCCCCCUACCCAGAGUACGUACCUUCCUGGAAUGAUGAAAAAAUCAACUCUGAAAUGAACAAAUUUAUGAGUAUUGUUAAGCAAUUCAGGUCGUUCAUUUCUAAUCUGGAAAUUCCUCCGAAGAUAAAACUCAACUGCUUCAUUGCUGCGAAGAAUGAAGAAGACGAAUGUUUUAUCGUGAAGGUAAAAAAUAAAAUACAGACAUUGGCUAAAUUGGGUAACCUCACUGUCAUUAAAUACAACGUGGAAGAACUUUCAUGUGAACAAAUUAGUGAAAUAAAAAAAUGUCUCAAGGAUAUUGUUGCCAACCAGUUCAUUAUUUACGUGCAGUCGACUGAGGAAUACCUGAAGCCUCUACUGACGAAUAUGCAAAACAAGAAUAAGAAGCUUCAGAGUUCACUAGAUUCUUAUUUGAAAAAAACCAAUGAUCCGAAUUAUGAGGAAAAAGUGCCUGAACAGGUCAGAAAUUUGUACGCGGAAAAAAUCGAGGAGCUGAACGCGCAAAUUUUGGCCGUGUCCAACAUCAUUUCGGAGAUUAACGAAUGCUUAAAAAAUGCCUAA